UUCAGGGUGGCUCGUUAAUUGGGCAAGGUCCAACUUUUAUUCGGCUUGAAACUUUCACUUGAGGUUCAUUGAAUUGAACAGUUAAAAAUGAUUUGAUUUUUCGUAUUUUCAAUGUUGCAAAGUCACCAUAUUUCUACUCCUACAAAUCUUUACUAAGGGAGGAUAACAUUCCAUUGAUGUGACUCACAAGUCAAACUUCUCUUGUGAAGAAUUUCCUCACGUGUCAGUUUUUAGGGAUGGCUCCAUGUAAUCCUCAAUAGUUAUUUCUUAUUUCACCAUCAAAUAAUAAUAUAAAGUGUACUACAAAGUCACUUGGGGUCCCCACAAGAAAGACCUUCAAAUUUCGCUCAGCAAGUGUUCAAACUGAAAAAGAUUUUUGGAUGACAACAAAUAGGAAAUACCUCAGGAAAUCAAACUUUAAACAUUGCUUGUCCAUCCUAUAAUUAACCAUUUUGUUUUUGUUAGUGGAAAGCAUUACCCCAUCGAUAAAGCUUACCGGUCUGAACUGGAGUCUUCUAGAAAUAGUAUUACCGUAAAGUUACUUUGAAACGUGAUAGUGUAAACACGUCAGCUCGAGGCCUUCCUACCUUUCGUUCCUCACUGUAUUCAUUUCUGUCUCUUUACAAGUCAUGAACGCGCCGACUUUUGCAGUCAUUUUUCUUUGUCUGCUUCUAAAUCCAGUAUCUAAAGCUUCACUUUUGCCAUUUCUGAAACGCGGUCUCGAAGAACUUAACCAUUUUCUGAACAUUCCUCAUCCCUUCGUCUCCGUUUUGUUCCCAGAACCUGUCGAAGCCAAGAACAUAACUAUCAAGUUGGGCUUUAUCGGCGCUUUAGACAACUCUCUUGGAGCCACGGCAUCGCUGGGAGAAGAACUGAGCUCGGCGUUCAAGGUAGCAAUCGAAGUCAUAAAUGAAGAGGCUGUCAAGCCGAAAGUUGGCAGUCAAAUAAGACUUUCGAUGGAUUUUAAAACCAUGAUCAAAGAUGGCGGCACCAAUCCAUCAAAGACCUGUAAAAUCGCUGCACAGGAGCUAGCGGCCGAUCCAGACAUUGUUGGAGUUGUUGGAGCAAUGCGUUCCUCUUGUUCCCAAGCAUCUCAUCAAUACUUCAGAGACAAAGCGCCGUUCAUGACUCAGAUAUCUUAUGCGUCAACGGCAGCAGAGUUGUCCAAUAAGAAGAAAUAUCCUCGAUUCUUCAGAACGUGCGCCAGUGACGUUGCCCAGGCAGAAGCUUUGGUUGGGUUGGUGACUCUUUUUAACUGGAGACGAGUCAGUACCAUUGCUACGUCUGACGGGUAUGGUAAAAACCUGGCUGAUGCUUUUGAAACAGCUGCGCGAUUGCAAGGAAUUAGAAUCCAUGCAUCUGCACGAUUACCAGCUAUGGCAACCUCAGGAGAUAUAGACAGCAAAGUUCAAAUGCUAAAAGAUGCUCAAACGAGAGUUAACCUCGUGUUUGCCUUACCAGAAGAAGCCCGCGCCAUAUUUAAAGCUGCAAAAGCAAAGGGUAUGACUGGGGAGGGGUGGGUGUGGAUAGGAAGUGAUGGUGUCCUGGCUACUCCACCGACCAAUCAGAGCACAGCUACACAAGCAAUGCAAGGAACUGUGGGAACUAUGCCCAAAGGAGGGAUAGGAAAAUGGAUUCUCAGAAUGCUGUUCAGGUGGAUGAAACACAAAGACAACAGGAAACAGUAUCCAGGAAUUAUUUAUGACAAUAUGCCUUGGACGUCCGUGUAUGUCCCACAAGUGUUUGAUGCUGUUUAUGCUUAUUACUUGGCUUUUGACAGAUUAGCAAGACAAGGCAAAAUAUCUUCGAGCGACUCUACGUCAACGUUACGAAAGGUGGUCUUUGAUGAGUUGAAGAAAUUCAACAAUAAAAACACAGGAUUUGUCGGUGCUCAAGGUCCCACUUACUUCGAGUCUCCAGGAUAUGAUGUUGGAAAUCUUCAGGGAAAGCUUUGGAAAAAGGUGGGGAAAUGGAACAAAACCAUCGGAGUCGAAAGAAUGGAUGUCAUCAUUUGGCCAGGCAAUACCAAAAUUCCACCAACUGACAAAGGACUACCCGGUAAGACGACGUUUAGAAUCGGUUUCAUCGCCCCGAUUCACCCAGAUUUGGCAGGACUGUCCGAACUCGGUAAAGAGUUUGAAUCGGCUUUUCGCGUUGCUGUGGAGAUGAUGAACAAGGACCCAACGUUGGCAGUGGAUUUCGAUAUCAAAAUUCAAGAUGGCGGUGUAGAUGCUAAUUCCUCGUGCAGAGCGGCGGCUGAUCAACUUGCGAAAGACGGCGUCGUUGCUGUUAUUGGUGCUUAUCGUUCUUCAUGCUCUCAAGCCGCUGCUACUGUUUUAGGAACUUCAACCAACAGAAUACCUCAGAUCUCCUAUGGCUCCACUUCGUCCGUCUUCUCGGACAAGACCAGUUACAAGUAUUUCUUUAGGACUUGCCCAUCUGAUGUGCAUCAAGCUGCCGUUCUCUCAGCUUUAUUCCGAAAGUACAUGUUCCCGGAGGUCGGCACUGUGGCUACAAACGAUAUUUACGGAAAAGAUCUUGCGGACAUGUUUGAAAAAGAAGUCACAGGCAUGGCUGAUGUGCCGGUCAGUGUGGUCAGCAGUCAACGGUUCGAUGUAAAUGCACGAGCAGCCACCGUCCGACCAAAAAUACAAAAGCUGAAAUCGUCUGGUUCAAAAGUCCACCUCAUCAGCAUGGUUCGUCAGGAUGCUGAGACGGUCUUCCAACAGAUCAAAGAGCUAGGCAUGACGGGUAAAGGCUGGGUGUGGAUUGGAACCGACGGUGCAACCUCUUCCACUUUCAACCAACAGAAAGACUUGGAACGGGCUAUGGAAGGUAUGAUAGGAACACAGCCGAAGAAUGGAGAGGGAAGUAUUUAUUUGAAGUUUCUGGCAGCUUGGCUCAAGAAAGACUCCACAACGUAUCCUGGAAUUGUACACAGUAAGCCGACUCCCAUGUCAGCGGCAUUCACUGCGCAGCUGUUUGAUGCAGUACAUGGUGUGGCUCUGGCUCUGUCAGACCUGGUCAAUAAGAAAGUCAUUAGCAGAACAUCAGACGUGCAGACUGUGAGAGACGAACUGUAUCAGAAGUUAAGAACAUUUGAUGACUUCAGUUCAGGAUAUCCGAGCGCGACUGGUACCAACAAUGUGAUGUACUUCGAUCAGAAUCAAGAUCCCCCUCCUCUGUACGAUGUUGUUAAUCUUGUGGGUAACAAUUGGAUUACGGUCGGUCAGUACGACUCCAAAACAAAGAAAAUCGGUUUGAGAAGAGAUAUAGUGUUCCCUGGUGGCGUGACAAGGAUUCCUGGCAAAGAUCGACCAACUUACAAGAUCGCCGCUUUCUUUCCAACUCAUGAAGAUCUUGGGCCGUUAAGGGACUUGGGGCUAGAGUGGCAGGCAGCCUUCAGGAUCGCUGUGGAGCUCGUAAAUACGGGCCCUUUCAAGGUGGCCUUUAGCUAUGUUCUUGUUGAUGGAGGAGAAAAUGCGGAAACUUGCCGACGUGCAGCACAGAAUCUUCCGGACGACGCGGAUCUUAUCAUCGGAGAAGCCAGGUCGGCCUGUUCCAUCGCAAUUGCUGAAGCCACGAAACAAAAGAAUAUUCCUCAAAUGUCGUACGCUUCCACGUCUGCGCUACUAUCAGACAAGAAGAAUUAUCCACACCUCUUUCGCACAUGCGCUUCUGAUGUGUUCCAAGGGAAAGCUCUGGCUAAGCUGGUUGAAAGAUACAAGUGGACGCAAUUGUCCACUGUAACGACACUUGAUCUGUACAGUGAAGAGCUCGCUCGUAAGUUUGCCGUAGAAGUGCGGAAGAAAGGAGUCGACAUUGUCACUGAGCAACGGUUUGAAGCGCAAACAAAAUUGAGUAUCAAGGAAUAUCUUAAAGAGAUAAAGAAAGCUGGGACAGCAGUAAACUUGGUUAGUGCCACGACUGAUGACGCAGAAAAAGUUUUUCAAGAAGCGAUAGAACAGAGUAUGACCGGUAAAGGGUGGACGUGGAUUGGAACUGACGGUGCUACCACAUCACCAUUCGUGGAGUCCCCCAACUUACAACUAGCAAUGCAGGGUAUGGUAGGCACCAGGCCUAAACACGGUGAAGGAGCACUUUACCAAAAACUGCUAAAGACCUGGAAAGAAAAAGACGCAUCCAUGUACCCUGGUCCUAUCCAUUCUCCUAGAGUGCUACAGGCUUCAGCUUAUGUUGCUCAGGUCUAUGAUUCUGUUCUUGCUUAUGCGCAUGCUUUAACAAGACUUCAUGAAGCGGGAACCAUAAAUAAGUACUCCUCCCGUGCGGACGUGCAAAAGGAGAUAAUGACAGAAUUACGCAAAAUGAAAGACGCAAGUACAGGAUUUGACAGCUCAACCGGAAGAAAACAGUUCUUCGAUUCCAAUCAAGAUGCGCCGGCAAUUUAUGAUGUUGUGAACCUAAAUGGAGAUUCAUGGGUGAAAGUUGGUUCUUACGACCCCUCCCCGGAUCAUGGACUCAGUAUAAGGAAAAAAAUUGUGUGGCCAGGAGGGAGCCUAAAUACCCCGAGUGAUCACCACUCACCAAGUGUAAAGGAAUCUGCUGUAACCGAACCGCCUAAAGCAACAGGUGUCAGUGAUGGUGGUAUCAUAGCUCUUGGCGUUGUAUUCGGCACUUUUGCCGUCGCCAUGGGAACUUUUAUAGCUUACUUGAUAUACAGAGAGAAAAAGGGAAAACCCUCCUUUGGACCUCAGGUCUUCAGACAAACUUAUCAUUCACCGGUAAGCGAGAUAGCCUCUGUUAUGGAUAAUGGAAACAUACAAGUUAUACGAGCAGUCAAAGAGCCUAUAACAUAAAGCUUACAGAUUUCCUCAGAGCCUUAGUGACAAGAGACGAUGACGGAUCAAAUCUGAACAAGUUUCUUGGAAAAUUAGAAUAUUUAUUGAAACUUUGUUUCACAAAUGCCGUGACUUGCUUUGGUCCAGCGGAACACGUUCAAAUUCAGACGGCAUAUUGCACAAAGGAUGACAGAAUUGUUGUAUAGGAAAUUUUUAAGUUUUAAAUAUGACAUUGUUGCUUGUAAAUAUUUA